UCCUGAAAGGGAGGAGUUCUGCCAAAACUUUGAAGAUCCCUGUAAACUUUGCAAAUUACCCGUCUCUUGGAGACAAUUAUAUCAAAUGAUAUUGUGGAUUACAAUACAUGAGAAGUGUUUAGAGCUUGGAAGAUUAUUUAUGUUUGGCAUUAGCUCUUAUGGUCAUAAUUUCAAGCUGCGAGAAAAGGAAUACACAGGAACCCCCUUAUUAUCUUUUGAAAUAUGAAGAUCAGAGGAAAAGAAGGGUUUAAAGUGUGGAGUGAUGGUCCUCAAAGCCUGUCUGUAAAUUAGCUGGCAUCCUACAUCUAUAAAAUCAACAAGGCUUAGAGCUCAUUUCCAGGCACAGAGUGGACCUCAUGAGUUGUUAGCAGUGCUUCGGGAUCCGAGUUUUUAUACACCGCAGGAGGAAAUUACAGCCUGUGGGGCAGAGAAUCCAUACAAAUAUUUCCUCCUUGCUUGGACUGAUACAAGCUUUGGAAGCCAAAUUCAGGAACUGACAUUCCACCAGUGGAAAAAAAAAACCCAAACAUGGACAGCAAUAAAGAUGAUGAUGGACUGUUGAACAGGAUUGCAUUUCCAGGAGCUAUGUCCCUGGCUAACAGCCACAUGCACCCCCGUGGGGUCCCCCUGAGGGAGCCCUUUAGGGUUCCCUUCCAUCUGGACCCGUCUUACUGGGAACAAGCCUAUAGUGGGCACGCAGGUCGCAUCCCCUACGUUCCUUUUCCUGGCUACGUGGGCAUCUACGACUAUUCCUUUGAGCCUGCCUUCAUUCGAAAGAGGAAUGAGAGGGAAAGGCAGCGGGUCCGCUGCGUGAACGAGGGCUACACACGCCUGAGAGAGCACCUGCCCAAAGAAUUUGCUGACAAGCGCCUCAGCAAAGUGGAGACCCUGAGAGCUGCAAUAAGCUACAUCAAACACCUGCAGAGCUUGCUGGACUGCCAUCCCUUAGGGUCUAACAGCAAGGAACCGCUGUCAGCCAAGGAGCUCCCGGAACCUCCCAGUCCUGGUCCCCCGCGGGAGUGCAACAGUGAUGGAGAGUCUAAAACCUCUUCAGCUUCAUCUCCCUACAGUGAAUUUGAGGAGGCAGGCAGCUAGGUAACAGCUUCUCUGGAGGCAGAAAGCUUCAAGUUCGGCUGAAAACCAAAUCUAAAACCCUGGGGAUUUUUCUACAGAUGAAAAUGAAUACCAGGAAAAGGAAAAACAGCUAGGAAAAAAAAAGAAGGUAUUUUCAAUCUGUCAAAGGACUUUAAAUGUUGUCUGUACAAAACCUAAAGACGAUUUGUAAGCAAACAGGUAGUUUUCAGGUUGCUUCAGCUGUGCUACUAAACUUCCUUUGGAUUGUUGAAACUGAAGCAACAUUUGCAUUCUACUUUUCAUGCCGCUUUUAUUCUGUUCAUCUAUUUUCUUUCGUCUUUCACUUGAUGAGACAGCAAAAGCAGAUAAAUCCAUUUCAGGAAAUUCCCUCCCCUUUCUCUUGCUUCCUCUUGUAAGUUUUAUUGUCUGUUUUUCCUGACUCUUAACCUGAGAUGUACAGGGUUGCAAACACGUGGACUGGGAAAGGUAAGAUUUAGAUAAAAUGUCUUUCCCUAAAAUAUUUAGAAAAUCACAUAAAUACUUCUAUGUCCAAAAAUACAAUUUAAAAAAUAUAAAUAAGGCUCUAUUUGGGAAUUAAUUUCUUUUAUGGCACCUUCUAGAGUGAAAGAAGUAACUCAUACAUUGGACACUGGCUAUUUGGUGAUUAUUUGAACAAUUAUUUUCAGGAAAAUAAAAGUGAUGCUUCCAUUCUAAUCAAUGCUAGGAAGAGGAAACUGAGUUCUGUCAAACUAUACCUCUGAAAGCAAAGUUCUACUGACAAUACUUCCCAGAUUUUUCCUUCUUUUCUGAAAAUUGAGUUAAUGGGUAAAGCAGACUUG